AGAUACGUGUUUUUGAUGAUCAUUCUUACAAAAGAAUACAGUGAACACCUUUAUAAUUGAUAAUAAAUAACUCAACACUGCAAAUAAACUUGUUUUGUAGUGAUACUCUUGCUAGUAGGAUGAAGAAAAGGUGUAUAAAAAGUAUUGUAGAGCCUACAUUAUUCGAUAUUGAAUCGAAAUACACAAAAGAGAAAUGGAAAGAUUUUUUCUCGGAAACAGAAGAAGCUGCAGUAGAGGUUAAAGAAAUACCAGACGAAGAUAUACUGAAAAUCUUGAAAAAAGAAAGUAAUGCUCAGGAGCUGGUUGAAAGAUUGUACGAGAACGAACGAAAGGAAACUCCUACCAAUGAUGAGAAAGAAAUAGUUACUGAUGAAGAUUCUUGGGACAUGGAAGUUAAUCUACCUGACCAAAAAAUAGUUGAGAAUGUGAAUAGGAAUUUCUAUGUGAGGUUUUUACAAUAUCCCGAGAAGAAAGCAGCAGUUUGGAGGCCAGAAGAAGUGUGCAGUGGAGAUAAAUUAAACGAAAUGUCUCUCUCACAAAGAGGAGAAAUCAUCACUAACAUGAUAGCAAAAGACUUUUGUGACUGGUUGAGAGGACUGGGUGGGGUGGAGGAGACAAGUAUGGAUGAAGACAUUUUAAAAGAACUGUUUCAAAUCGGAUUGGAAAAUCCUGCCGCACGAUCAAUAUGCGUACAGAUGAGAGAGAGGCCGGUCGUAUCGCAUCAUCUAGCUGAAGCUGUUCAAAUACCAGAGAGAGCUUUUCAAAAAGGAUUGCAAAGACAAAUCGAGUGGGACAUUGAAGCCGAGAAGAAAGGCGUGAGAAAGUGGGCGUUCGGAAGGAGACUGCUGCCGUCCCAGCAAUGGUACCCGCCCCGUAAUCACACCACCAGCAUGUGGUUCGACACAAAAACAAUCAAUGAUAACUUGACCACGUUUUCACUGUUGUUCAAAAGCAUUACUGAAUUGAGAUCUGUGAAAGAGUACUGUAAGUGGCUGGAGAAGAACCCACAGUUCGAGAAACCAGACUAUUUAUUGGAAAAGGGGCUUUUCAGAAGAUUGAGCGAGGAAUCCAAUGAAGAGAGCGCGAUUUCCGUGCCUUCUAUGACACAAUGAAGUCGUUUCUAUGGGAAUCAUAAAUUGAGCAUUUGAAACUUUUUACAUGUUUUGAAAUUGGAUUAGAAAACUUUAUAUGGAAGUUUCAACUUAUGAACCUUAUUAUAAUUAAGUUUGUAGCGUGAAUGUUGAUGUUGUGGAACUUUUCCAUAAUUGAAGAGACUUAAAACGUUCUCAAAAAUCCACUUUAAUUAAAUAAAAAUUAAUAUUUUACAGGAGCAUGCUUUCGUGUAUGCUCAUAUAUUAUAUUAAUAUAACCUUAUUAUACCUUGUUACUCAUGCCAGCAGUUUAUGGAAUUGCUUUUGUAAUACCGUAUUUAGAAUUAGUCUUUAUUGUUUUUCAAACACAUUAUUCUCAUGAUUAGUAAUACUGGAAUGGAAGUUUAUACAAUUUAUCGGAGAAAAAUUAAA